UAACAUGGUACUUUAACUCGAUAUAGUGACACGUCAGUGAAAUCUUAAGGGGGUCAAGAGCUGACAGAGACAAAAUGACGCUGUCAAGAACGCACACGCUGCUAUUCGUGCUUGCCACGACGGUGCUUCUUGUGACCUUCGCCUCCGCCGACCCUCGUGAGGUGGAGAACGCUGAACUCAAGGAGGAGUUUGGCGACGAUUUCGAGGACGAGCGCUCCAUCCCCGCGCUCGGUGAGCUCGAGCAGCGUCUCAAGUUCGAUUUGGAACACCAACUGGCUGCUGGUGCGCCCUUCACACCACGCGGCGUUGUGGAGAUCGUGGCCAGCGCUUCGUCCCCCAAGCCCAAGGUCUCGUUCUCGGCAUUACCGACGCUGAGCGCCGACGACGUCGAGAAGAUGGAGACACUGCUGCACCAAGAUCGCCACUACACUGUUCGUGCCAAGGCGGACCCGGCCGACCCGGAAUCGCCCUACGUCAUGACAUCCGUGCCCAUGUGUAUGCUGGCCGCCAUGCGUCUACGCGAGGACUUUGCCUUUCACCUCUCGGAUAAUGGCAAGCUCGUGGCCAUCGAGUACCUCACACCGUACCUGGAUAGCGAUGCCUGUGCUGAGUUCCAGUCCCGUAGCCUCAGGGACGUGCGCUUCGGACCGUUCGGCACAGUUUUGAAGACGCAGGCUGGACCAUCACCUCCGAAGAACAUUGUGGUCAAGCGCGACCGUGCUCCACAAGGCGUCAAACCGGUGAAGAGCGAGGAUGGCAACGACGAACCCGAAGAGGAAAACCAAUCCUUCCUUCGCAGAUACGUACGUGCAUCAGAAUGGUACAUUAUUUUGCCUAUCGUUGUCAUGAGCCUGUUCGGUGGCGAUGGAGGCGCACCUCCGGCCGGCGGAGCCGGUGGUGCCCCUGCUGCUGGUGGUGGAAGACGACGAUAGAUCACUGGACGAGGAACAGAACAUGCAUGCAUUGUGCAGCUUCAGCUCGUUCCACCCACGGUCAGUAAGGUGUCACAGGUAGCAGAACAGAAUCUACAUUCCAGACUGAUGGUUGAUAUCUCUGAAGCCUUGCACUUAUCAUUAUACGAUCAAGCUGGUAUGCUCCUCUUCACUCCCUUUUUCCUUCUUCCUCAGCACAGUUCCAGGAGCUGGUGGCCACUCGUGGUUCGUCACCAAUCGCCCCCACAGUGUGUGGUCUCCCGUGGACACCACCACAGCCACAGCCGUUCCUUGCAGAACACUCACCGUCAUGGGGAUAAUAUUACCACAGUGCAAAGGAUCCUGCUGAAUAUGCGGCGGUGGCGUGUCGGUCGUGACGUGUUUCCUGGUGCCUCCCUGUCCGGCUUCCUCGUCUUCUCCGUCGUCGCCCAUCAACGUCGUUUGGUCCACUACGCAAUCGUUCGAGCACUCGAUGACGCGCAGAUCAGCUCCUGCCACAUCCCCAGCCUUGAGCUCCACCACGUCUCCGUACACAAGACUCAUGGCGUCCAUCCGCAUUCGUCGAGUGGCCGGCUGACCCUGCCCUGCAGCAACUCGACGACGCACCGUCGCCUCACGUGGUAGCGCCUCUUGAUAUGCUUGCAUGGAGGCUGUGCGCAUGAGGCACGGCAGUAAACAGCAGACCCAAGACGGGCAGUUCACAGGCGGGGUCACCCGGUUCACACCGUAGAGCUCGCGUCGCGUCAUGGCGUCGUCUCGAGAGAGUCCGAGGGCGGGGUCCACACCCACCUCCGCCACAAAGUCUGCCACAUUCGCAGGUCGUUGGUAGUCCUAACACAGGAGGCAACAGAAAGAAGAGGGUCAGGUGAGUAAAAAGCACGCGUGGUAACGGAGAGCUUCAGUAGAUCGGACACCUCGAGCUCUUUCAUAGUUCAGAUCCGUUUUGCAAUCUGAUUUUUGUCAAAUCUUAUUAGGAUUAUUAACACUGAACAAAGAAAUAUACUACAGUAGUACUAAAUUGAAGC